AUGAAUGAAGGGGGGUCUUACACUUUGGAGGAGAUCUGGCAAUUUCCCAUAAAUGGUAGCGGAAGAGGGCACUUUGAUUUACUUAAUUUGGAGCAGAGAGCAGUAGCUUCUGUGAGGAAACGCCGUGAUGUUGAUGUGGAUGUUGACGAUGAUUCUUCUUCAAAGCCCACUACUGUCUCUCCUAACAAUGCCAAUACCAAUACCAAUACCAAUGCCAAUGGAGUUCCGAGUGAUUGUGAUGGUAAGCGGCUUAAAACAUCGGGGAGUAGAGAUGAGAAUCAUCAUCAGCAAGAACAGCAGCGUGAUUCCAAAGGUGAAACAGAAACCAGUUCAGGCAAGCAUGUGGAACCAAAAACUCAACCAACAGAGCCACCCAAACCAGAUUAUAUUCACGUACGAGCAAGAAGGGGUCAAGCUACUGAUAGCCACAGUCUAGCUGAAAGAGCUAGAAGAGAAAAGAUAAGCGAAAGGAUGAAAAUUCUUCAGGAUCUAGUCCCAGGUUGUAACAAGGUUAUUGGCAAGGCCCUGGUCCUUGACGAGAUUAUCAAUUACAUCCAAUCAUUACAACGUCAGGUUGAGUUUCUAUCAAUGAAGCUUGAAGCAGUGAAUACGAGAAUGAACCCUGGAAUUGAAGUCUUUCCUUCUAAAGAUUUUGGCCAACAAACUUUGGAUACUGAUGGAAUGGCAUUUGGUUCGCAAGCCGCCAGACAAUACAGUCGUGGCACGUCACCAGAAUGGUUGCAUAUGCAGGUUGGUGGUGGUUUUGAAAGAACGUCAUGA